UUUGCGGAGCGGUCGGGUGUAUUCUCCGCACGCCCCCCACGCCCUCGAGGCCCCCGCCGCCCGACCCAACGGUGGAGCCGACCAACGCCUCCCGCGGCACCCUCCCGCACCGGAUCGCUCCUCGCUGGGGCGGGACGUGGCCCGACGGCGCCGGUCACUAUGAGUGAAACAUCUUUCAACCUAAUAUCAGAAAAAUGUGACAUUCUAUCAAUUCUUCGGGAUCAUCCUGAAAAUAGGAUCUAUCAGAGGAAAAUUCAGGAACUCAGCAAAAGAUUCACCGCAAUCCGCAAGACCAAAGGGGAUGGGAACUGCUUCUACCGGGCCUUGGGCUAUGCCUACCUGGAGUCUCUGCUAGGCAAGAGCAGAGAGAUCCUCAAGUUCAAAGAGCGUGUCCUACAGACUCCAAGUGACCUUCUGGCUGCCGGCUUUGAGGAGCACAAGUUCCGAAACUUCUUCAAUGCUUUUUACAGUGUGGUGGAGCUGGUGGAGAGGGACGGCUCCGUGUCCAGCCUGCUCAAGGUGUUCAACGACCAGAGCUCUUCCGACCACAUCGUGCAGUUCUUACGCCUGCUCACAUCAGCCUUCAUCAAGAACCGAGCCGACUUCUUCCGGCACUUCAUCGAUGAGGAGAUGGACAUCAAGGACUUCUGCACUCAUGAAGUGGAGCCCAUGGCCAUGGAAUGUGACCACAUCCAGAUCACAGCCCUGUCCCAGGCGCUGAACAUCGCCCUGCAAGUGGAAUAUGUGGACGAGAUGGACACCGCCCUGAACCACCACGUGUUCCCUGAGGCCGCCGUCCCUUCCGUGUACCUGCUCUAUAAAACAUCCCACUACAACAUCCUCUAUGCAGCUGAUAAACAUUGAUUAAUUUUAGGCCACGCAGUGGAACCUUCACCUCACGGGACUGCACUCUAAAUGGAACAUGCCGGCUUUUCAGUUUUUUAAGCGAUUUGGACUCUAACUAGAACAUGUACAGCCUUUUGGGCAGAGCCAUGGGAAUGAGGCCUGCCCACUAUGGAUGGUGGUAACUUCGUGUAUUUUUUGUAUUUAUUUUAUGAAGGACCAAAUACCUUCUAACUCUGGGCCAGAAAGCCAGGAUCCCUGGCUCCGCAUGCCAGCCAGUAACCGUGAGACCCUGUGUGGGUCACCUGCCCUCUUUGGACCUGUUUGUUCAUCUGGAGGAGGUUCCUGCCAGUGUGGACAUUCUGUUGUGUAAAAACAAGGAACUCGUGUUUCUCCUUGCCAGGUCCAGGAGGCAAACCUCAAGUCAGCUAUUGACUUGGUGAUUGACCUGAAGCUGUCAAGGUCAGUCCAGUCUUGUCAGGCUGACUGAAGGUGAGGGCUUCCUUGUGGUUCCUUCCAUUCAUGAUGGGCCUGUUUUCCCACCCUUCACUUACAGAGAAAGAGAGACUUUUAUACCAAAGUCCGGCAAAGGGCCUUUAGCCUUCAGAAUGAAACUCAGGUUGUUGGAGUCCCUCUACCUCUCAGGGGAGAACAGCCUGGCUUUUAAAGACUAGAUGAAGUCUAGGGUCUGCACCCAAAUCUGUGUGUGCAUGGCUGGGACUAGGAAGCCACAAGUGUCCUGCCAGCCCCAGUAAGUCCUAGAUUACAUCAAGGAAGGGGAGCUUGCAGCUGUGGACUCCAGAUGAACAGUCAUUUUGCAAGGCAGUCUUUGGCUCCUUCCUCUCACCCAUUUUCUUUAUGGCCUGACAAGGGGUUGGUGGGAGAGAACAGAAGAGCAGCUGUGGACGCUGGCAGGAGAUUUCCUUGGUGAAGAUGGCCUGACAGCCCUGGCUAGCAGCUUCUUCACUCGUCCACCUGGACAUGCCCCCCACUUACGAAGCUCCUCGCCCUGCUGCCCCAGGACCCCUAUGAGUCCCCCCCAGGCUGGCAGGCAACGCCCCGGCAGUGGAGCGUAAUGACACUGGCUGGUUUGCGGUGCUGCCAACCACCUGUUUGCUGCAGGAUUACAGGGAGACAGAGGGUGUAGAAUCACCUUCUGGGGUCCCUAUUUAAUGGAAGGCCAUUUUCUCACAGGUUUCAUUGUGCAGGGAUUUGUUAGAAUAUAUUGGUGCUACUGAGGGGGUCUGCGACAGUCUAUGCAGGACUGGGCAGCAGACUCCUAAGUCUUGACACAAUCGUCACAUUUGUAUCACUCUUGCCUUGAUGAAAGCCAGCAGCACUCUCAGAGUUAGGGUGCUUUAGUUCCAGGUGGACCCUGGUUCCCACUGUCCUUCACUGGCAUUUGGACCCACGGGCUCAAGCUAAGUGAUUAUGUCCCUCUUUCACAGGAUGCCACCUGACUGUCAUCUCUAUAUUUGUUGUAACCCACCUUCUCUGGGUAGGACAAGUACCCAAGACAAGUACCACAAGACUCGGUGUAUCUUCUGGUAUCAUCUGCCAGACAAGAUCCCAGGGUGUCCUUUUCCACACUGAUGAACACACGAUGCUGGCUAAUACCCGGGCCGCUCCAGGGGGUUGUGAGAUGGGUCCUGGGCACUCCAGCUGAGCUCUUAAGCACAGCAGAAGCCAGCCCUAGCUACCAAUUCACUGCUUUUGUGGCUGUGAUAUUCUGUGUGGCUCACCUGACCUUGGCUUCCAGGCCAAGGUCAGGUGAGCCGCACAGAGCUGCACUGGGCCCUUUUCUAGGAGAGAAUCAGCCAGUUAGGAUCAGGAUGCCCACAGUCUGGCAGAAGCAGGUCAUGUCAUCUCCGUGGUCGUAUCCUCUGGUUUUCUCCUUUUACAUAAACCCACCAGCCAAAUUCAAACCACCUGCCCUCAUUGCCUCCACAUCUUCCCUCAGACCUUUGUCUCAGGGAAAGAACUGGGGAGGAAGAGGCGUGGCAAGACUCAGGAAGCCAUGUGGUCACCUGGUUUGUCUGAGUGGUGUCAGGUUGGCACCCCCACUUCCUGGGUGACCUGCUGUCCCCACAGAGCCGCCUCUUUCCAGACCAAAUGCUGGAAGGAAGUUGCUUUUAGGGUGUGAAUUACAACUGCAUGUGUAUGCUUUUUUCCCAGAGGAAAUAAUUGAAGGGAACUAUUUAGCAACAGGAGGAGCAGUGUGCAUGCUUUGGGCUGGUUUCCUUUUUAAGCACAA